AUGGUUUACAAAUCGCCGUUGGAAAUGGGAAUAAAAGAGCUUAACAAGGAACAAAAGAGACGAAUCCAAAAAUGGAUCAACAACAUCCCAGAAAUGGACGGAGAACAGGAAGACGACGAUUUAUACAUCCCGGAAGUUCAAGAUUACGAAGUGAUUGUUCAGAACUGUGAUAAUGACAUUGUCGAUAACGAGUCAAUUGGUUCCAGCGAUCAAGAAGACGACAUUUGCGAUCCAGGUUUUGAAUACGUCGGCAGUGCCCCUACAAUGGCAGACAGUUGCUGA